UAACGUCGGACCUUAUUGACACCGGCGUUAAAACAUUGACAAUUUUUAUAUCUGAUCAUCAUGAACAUUGUUUAUAUGUGAUCGCCUGACAACUAUUUAAACUUCAGUAUAAUGUGCACUGGAUUGUUCUUUAUGAAUUCGAAAACACAAUACCUUCUGGUUGUGUAAGGUUUUCAAUGUAAUCAACGAUGAAACUACUACGUGGUUUCAACGCGUUACAUCGUGCAAGUGCUGCAGCUUAAUUGUAGUAUAUUUCGAAUGUUUUCCUCUAUUAUCUUUAAGUGCGAAGCUACAGAACAGUUCGCGGUAUAAUGGCAGCUCAUAAGACAGGCGGGCAAAGUGCUCGAAAGAAAGUACAGGUGUCCAUGGUUAUAAGAGAUGAAGAGGAAAGAAGACACAGAGCUGGAGUCAAUUCAUUACAAUAUGAUCCAGCUUUGCAUAGGCUUUACUCUGCAGGUAGAGAUAGCAUUAUAAGGAUAUGGAAUUGCAAAAAUAUGAAGGACCCUUAUAUUCAAUCAAUAGAACACCAUACAGAUUGGGUCAAUGAUAUAGUAUUAUGUUGUGGUGGCAAAAAUUUAAUAUCAGCCAGUUCUGACACAACAGUAAAAGUAUGGAAUGCACACAAAGGUUUUUGCAUGUCUACAUUAAGAACACAUAAAGAUUAUGUAAAAGCUUUGGCAUAUGCUAAAGACAAAGAGCAAGUUGCUAGUGCUGGUUUAGAUAAAUUAAUCUUUUUAUGGGAUGUGAAUACAUUAACUGCUCUUACAGCAAGCAAUAAUACAGUAACAACAUCAUCACUUAGUGGAAAUAAAGAUUCUAUAUAUAGCCUUGCUAUGAAUCAAAUUGGGACAAUUAUAGUGAGUGGUAGUACAGAAAAAGUUUUAAGAGUAUGGGAUCCAAGAAAUUGUACUAAACUAAUGAAACUUCGUGGUCAUAUGGAUAAUAUUAAAGCAUUAGUAUUAAAUAGAGAUGGUACUCAAUGUUUGUCUGCCAGUUCUGAUGGAACAAUCAAACUUUGGUCAUUGGGACAACAAAGAUGUAUCCAAACCUAUAGAGUACAUAAAGAAGGUGUUUGGGCAUUAUUGGCAACAGAUACCUUCAGUCAUGUAAUAUCAGGUGGUAGAGACAAAAGAGUUGUAAUGACUGAAUUAUCCUGCUAUCCAGAAAGAUAUACAGUCAUUUGUGAAGAGAAAGCACCUGUAUUAAAAAUGGUUAUGACACCUGAUCAAUCCAGCAUUUGGGUGGCAACUAGUGAAUCUACCAUAAAUAAUUGGUCUAUAAGUCAAAAAGAUUGGCAAGAAUUAGGAAUUGAAGACUAUUGUGAUGCUGCUAGUGGCGUAACUCCAAAUGUAAGGAAUACAGAGCCUGCACAGAAAAUAUUAGGUGGUCCGGCAAUACGACAUUGUCAUGUUUUAAAUGACCGAAGACACGUUUUAACGAAAGAUACGGAAGAAAAUGUAGCUUUAUACGAUGUAUUAAAGGCACGUAAAGUUGAAGAUUUAGGGAAGGUAGAUUUUGAACAGGAGAUAAAGAAAAGAAAUAAAAUGGUGUAUGUUCCAAAUUGGUUUAGUGUAGAUCUUAAAACUGGGAUGUUGACCAUCCAUUUAGGUCAAGAUGAAAACGACUGCUUUUCUGCAUGGGUUUCUGCAAAAGAAACUGGUCUUGCAGAAAAUGAUGCAGUAGAUCAGAAAGUGAAUUAUGGAAAUCUUUUACUACAAGCAUUACUUGAACAUUGGUGGAGGCCAUUACAUGUUGAUGACGAAAAUGAAGGUAAUAGUAAUGAUGGCAAUGGUUCUACACACACUAGAGGAGGGAAUUUAUAUUUCUCAGUACCAACUCAUACGCCUGUUUUAUUCAGUGAAGUAGGAGGAAGGCCAUUGUAUAGAUUAUUAGUUAGAGAUGCUGCAGGAGAAAUGGAGGGAGUUUUAUUAAAUGAAACUGUACCAGCAUGGGUAGUUAAUAUUGUUGUGGAUAAAAAUCUUCCUCAAUUCAUUAAAAUAUCUUUUUAUCUUCUUCCACAUGCCACGUCCGGCGUAAAAAGUUUAAAAAAGGAUCGUUUAAUUGCAAACGAUUUUAUACAAAUUCGUAAAGUAGCUGAACAUGUUUGCGAUAAAGUGCUUGGUGCCGGAAGUGAUUCAGGAUCGGUAGCAGGUACUGGAAAUACAGUUUCUGGAGGAUCUCCAGCGGGAGAUAGGACAAAUACAGAUUCAAAUGCUGAUAAUUCUUCGCUGGCCGAAGAAAAAGUAGAAUUGUUAUGUAAUGAUCAAGUUCUGGAUCCUUCUAUGGAUUUAAGAACGGUCAGACAUUUUAUUUGGAAAAGUUCGGCAGAUUUAAUACUUCAUUAUCGGCCAGUAAAAUAGUUAGGACUAAGUACAUCGGAACAGAGAUCUCUAAGGUGUGCCUGGUUUUUUACUGUCAUAAAAAUAACAGAAGAUAUGUGGUCUAAUUGCAGAUUGUGGCAACUUACGCUACCUUCUUUUCAUGACAUAUUCAAUCGAAUUUCGGUGGAUGUUUCAUUAGAUAUUGCAACCGAAGAUGAGUAAAAGCCAGGUCACAAGUAGAGUAUAUAAAGUAAAAUGAAUUUAAAGGCAAUAAUGUGUGGAAGUAUUAGUAUAAAUUGCUCAUAUUUGUAUAUUUAUAU